AUGUAUUUGGAGAACAAAAGCAACCUGGAGAUUGAGAUGUCUCAAACAUCAGCCCAAGGCCAUCAGGCCAGGAACAGCCUGAGGUCACCAGAGGCUGUGGAAGGAAACUUUGGAGAGCUGCGUCUACUGCAGGGCAUCUCAGAGAGGAGAGACACCCAGAAGCUACAGCAGUCUGCAGUCCUGCCCACAGGACAGUGUGUCAUCCAUACUGAGGGUUUUGUCCCUGUUCGACAAGAGGAUGGGCACAACUUCAGUGUGGUUAAUUUUCUCAGAGGUAAAACAAAUUCAGCCAACCUUACAGAACGAUCGCCUCUGUUGAGAUUCUCUCAAGAUGACAGUAUAACUUACAUGACCAUACAUGACCCCAACUUCAUUGGAGGGGAAGAGCCCUGGGACAACAGCUCCCUGGAUCUGGAGAGGAGGUACAGACUGGGCAGUGAGGUCACCAGCCUGUCCCUGUGCCGCUCCAGCUCCUCAGAGAAGACCGACCCUCUGGACAACCUCAACCUCAACUUCAGACUCACCAGCAGCAUGAGAUGCUGCUUCAGAGCUUCCAAAAUUGCAACAAUCUUUACUGUUGUUGUUCUCUGCAGUCUGUUCUUCAGCAUGUAUCCAGAUCGAGACAACCCCUGGAGGAUGUUGGCAGUCUCUUCAACAGACAGUUUCUCAAUGAACCUGACAGAUUUUCGAGACAAUGCUUUGCUGAAGCUCCAGGUGGGGGGGCCUUUCACAGGAGGGAUGAUUGACCUCACCACCCAAGAGUACAUCCUGAUUCAGGUGGAGCAAACCGAGCAGCCAGAACAGCGGAGGAGGAGGACUCAGCAGGUGAUCCAUAAUUGGACUAUUCCUCUACAUGGUGAAAGAAGUGACCAGAUACUGUUAACAAAAACAUUUGAAAUGCUCAGCAGUGACCCCAUCGUCAUCACGAUUCAGGCCUUCCUGCAGGAUAACGAGGUGGUGCCGUUAUCCAUGACCCACCAGUCACUAUACGUCAGUGUGGAGACACAGGUGGCCAUCGCUGGAAUCAUCCUUGCUGGGGUCUAUGUUCUCAUCAUCUUCGAGAUUGUGCACCGCACUUUGGCUGCCAUGCUGGGAUCUUUGGCUGCCUUAGCAGCUCUGGCUAUUAUUGGUGAUCGGCCCAGUCUGGUUACUGUGGUCGAGUGGAUCGACUAUGAGACGCUGGCUCUGCUGUUUGGCAUGAUGGUACUGGUGGCCAUUUUCUCAGAGACUGGCUUCUUUGAUUAUUGUGCAGUGAAGGCUUACCAACUAUCCAGAGGAAGAGUGUGGCCCAUGAUCAUCAUCCUCUGUCUCAUCGCUGCCAUUCUCUCUGCUUUUCUGGAUAAUGUGACUACUAUGAUGCUUUUCACCCCUGUCACCAUAAGGUUGUGUGAGGUGCUUAAUCUAGACCCCAGACAUGUCCUGAUUGCAGAAGUAAUCUUCACCAACAUUGGAGGGGCUGCCACAGCUGUCGGAGAUCCACCCAAUGUGAUUAUAGUAUCAAAUCAGAACCUGCGCAAAGAAGGGAUUGACUUUGCCAGUUUCACAGGCUACAUGUUCCUUGGAAUAUGCCUGGUCCUUUUCACCUCAUUUCCUUUCCUGCGGAUGCUCUACUGGAACAAAAAACUUUACAACAAAGAGUCCAUUGAAAUAGUUGAGCUCAAGCAUGAGAUCCUGGUUUGGAAGCAGACGGCCCAGCGCAUUAACCCCGCCAGCCGAGAGGAGACAGCUGUGAAAUGCCUCCUGAUGCAAAAAGUUCUCAACCUGGAAAGUCUGCUCCGCAAGAUGAUGAAAACCUUCCAAAGACAAAUUUCCCAAAAGGAUAAGAACUGGGAGCAAAACAUUCAAGAAUUGCAGAAGAAGCACAGAAUAACUGACAAGGUUCUCUUGGUAAAGUGUGUGUCCGUCCUUGGCGUGGUGAUUUUCAUGUUCUUUGUCAACUCCUUCGUUCCCAGCAUUCAUCUUGAUCUCGGCUGGAUCGCUAUCCUGGGUGCACUGUGGCUUUUGGUUCUGGCCGACAUCCAGGAUUUCGAGAUCAUCUUGCACCGGGUGGAAUGGGCCACAUUACUGUUCUUUGCUGGCCUCUUCGUAUUGAUGGAGGCUUUAGCCCAGCUGCAGCUCAUUGACUAUAUAGGCGAACAGACAGCACUGCUUAUAAAAGCAGUGCCAGAGGACCAGCGCUUGGCUAUAGCCAUUAUCUUGGUGAUGUGGGUCUCCGCUCUGGCCUCUUCUCUCAUUGACAAUAUUCCCUUCACUGCCACUAUGAUUCCAGUUCUCAUCAAUCUAAGCCAGGAUGCAGAUGUGAACCUGCCAGUAAAACCUCUAAUCUUUGCCUUGGCCAUGGGAGCCUGUCUUGGGGGAAAUGGCACAUUGAUUGGAGCAUCAGCCAAUGUUGUGUGUGCAGGCAUCGCUGAACAACAUGGAUACGGUUUUUCCUUCAUGGAGUUCUUCAGGUUAGGAUUCCCCAUGAUGAUAAUGACGUGUAUGAUCGGCAUGUGCUACCUGCUGGCUACCCACAUCGGGCUGGGAUGGAACAUGUAAUCCACAGCUGCCGUACAGAGCCAAAGAGACUGUGUGUGUGAGUGUGAGCACUCCAAGCAUUCAGCUAGCUGUAAUGUGACAUGUAAGCUGACUGACUGGUCAAAUUACAAACAUUAUAUGAAGCACAGCAGCCAUAUUUUGAAUAAUGUCUUUGACUAAAGAGCAGAACAGCAGGGACCAGAAUUACAGGAGUUUUGACCAUAAUGUUAAACCCUGUUGAGUUUUUAUCAACUUUGUCAAAAACUUGAACCUUUUCGUCCUCAGUAAAGAGUCAAUCCAAGGGAAGGAAAUGUGUCUUUACUGGAAAAAAUUGUCCCGUUCCAUAAUGCUGUACAUGGUGCUACUGCCUCGAAUUGGUGCAGCUGGUGUAUGUGAUUCCAGCUAUGGCCUCUCAUUGUUUACAAAAAGGCCACUCUAGACAUGUAUCACCGAUCUGCCUUUAGAGACAUUUAGGACACUGAUCAAUUUGUUUUAGGCCAACAUUCCACCCACACUUUUCCAAACUCCAACUGGUGAUAUUUUAAAGGAACCACAACACCCAGUGAAAGGGAUUUUAUAAUGGUUAAUACCUAAUACUAUAUUUUUCAGUUCCCGGAAUCUCAGCGCCUCAUGAAUGAAUCUGAAAGACAAAUACAGCAUCAAUUAAACUGGGGAACAGCAGAAUGAUUAACUAAAACAGAUUUAGACUGUUAUCUAAACACUGAAUCCCAUCUAUUGUACUGUGUACACAAUGAUCUCAUGUAAACCCAAAUGAUUUAGUUCAACUAACCAUAUUUAAUGUAGAAAAUGUUUAAUCAUGUAAAUGCUCUUAUGUGGAAUGGACAACAACUCCUGACCUUGUCCAGCUGAGCCCACCACAUGUAUUUAUUGUACAGCCUGACAGCUUGAACGUCACUUAUCUUUCAUUGUUUAGACCUUCAGAUCUUUCAGAGAGGGAUCGCCAUGAACAAUAAAGG